GCGAUCGAGCGCAUGGGCGAGCAGAUCCGAGGCGCUACGAACGCGGGAGGAGCCGCACCCGGUCUCGUCGACACGAAGGGGAUCGGCAAGCCCACGACGCUAGGCGACGAUCAGGAGAAGUUCGGAGCUUGGAACCGCAAGAUGGAGAACUACGUGAUAGGCGUGUACGGAGAGAGCUUCCGUCCUGUUCUCCGGUGGGCGGCAGAAGCCGAACGCCCCGUGACGAUCGAAGGGGCACAGGAGGCGCACGGAGGAGUACCAGAGCUGGAGACCAAGAUCAACCAGCUGUACGCGGCGCUGAUCAGCACGACGGCGGACGGCAGCGAGAGCAACGACCUCGUGACGGGCGCACCCGACGGGAACGGUCUCGAGGCCUGGCGGAAGCUUCACCGCAGGUGGGACCCGACGACAGGUCCGAGGAAGAGGCUGAUCCUGAGGUCGAUCAUCUCGCCUCCGAAGUGCAACGCGGAAGAGCUGGGGUCCGCCUUAGAGAAGUGGAUCCAGCAGAUAGGCAAGUACGAACGCCGCCAAGGAGAAGACGGGCUGGCGGAGCUGCCGGAGGAUAUCAAGAUGGCGGCCCUCGAGAUGCUCGUGCCUCAGGACAUCGAGAACCACCUCGUACUCAACAAGCAUCGGCUCGUGACGUUCCAGGACAGCCUGAACGAGGUAAUGACGAUCGUAGAGGCUCGGACAGGCGUGAAGAUCAAGGCGGCAGGCAGCCUGGAGGAGGAGCCUGAGGCGGAGGUCGCCGCUCUGGACAUGGGCAGCUUGGACUGCCUGGAGCUCGCCAGCGGCAACGGCCGCGGCGUAGCGGCGGUCGACCUCUCCCCCUUCGUGCAGGACGACUGGAUGAAGUUCAACUGGGACAGCGGUGCAGCUGUCUCAGCAUUCCCUCGGAGCUUCGCGCCGCCGACGGGAAUGAAGGGCAACGGCAGCACGUAUCGUACGGCCAGUGGUGAGCUCGUCCCGGACGAGGGCAGCUUGCAGCUCAAGGCGGAGGACGAGUACGGAGUGCUACGAGCGCUCAAGGGACGCGUGACGAACGUGCACAAGCCGUUGAUCUCGGUGGGGCAGGCAGCAGGAGCUGGACAGUGUUCAUUCCUAGGCCGCAAUGGCGGCUGGAUAUUCCACGAGAAGAGCCCAAUCGGCAAGCGCGUGGUAGGCAUGCUGGAGAAGGAGGCGAAGACGGCGAAGCACCAGAUGCUGCCGGUCUAUCGUGAGCAGGGAGUUUACAACUUCUACCUCAAGAAGGGCCAACAUGGCUCGGUUGCUCCUCUCGAGGAGGGACUUUCGGCGAAGUCGAAGUCCGAGCUGGUGGAGCUCCUCAGCAGCAAGUCGAAGGAGGAGCUGCUGGAGAUCUUCGAGAGGACAGCACCUCACGAGCCCUCUCAGAGGGAGAUCGUCGAGCACGAGGCGAUGGGACACGCGACCUACCGCAGCUGGUGUCGCGUGUGUAUUGCGGCAAAGGGCCAAGGCCAGCCGCAUCUCCGCGCACCGGAGGACGACGAGACGGCGGUGCCGGUGGUCUCGUCCGACUACGCCUUCAUGGGCCAGGACGACGCGGACACCAUGCCGAUGCUGGUCCUUAGGGAUCGACGCUCGAAGAUGAUGGCAGCGACAUUCGUGGAGAAGAAGGGCGACGACGCCUACGCCAUCAAGUUCUUCGCACGCUUCUUACGGAUCCUGGGCUACAGGAAGAUCGUCAACAAGUCCGACGGCGAGCCAGCGAUCCUGCUGGUCAAGAGGCGUGCGGUGGAGGAGGUUCCUGGCCUCGAGGCCAUUCCCCAGGAGUCGGCACCGGCCGAUCAUCAGGCCAAUGGGGAGAUCGAGGUCACGGUGCGCGAGAUCAAGAAGCAGGUGCGGGCGCUCAAGAUGGACCUGGAGUCCAAGCUGGGCGUCAAGGUGGAGGACAAGCACCCAGUGCUGGCGCACCUGCCGGAGCACGCCGCAUCGGUGAUCAACCGAUACAGGCGCGGCCAGGACGGCAAGACCGCUCUUCAGCGGCUCACGGGACGGCAGUGGAGGAAGCCGGUCCCGCUCUUCGGUGAGCGCCUGAUGGUGCGGUUCGCCGGGGAGCGCGCGAGGAAGAACGCGCUGGAGGAGCAGAUGGUGGAGGCUCGCUACAUCGGCCACCACCCGCGCGACGGCUCGAUGAUGGUCAUCACGAGCGACGGUGUGAAGAAGGCGGUCGGCUUUCGCAGCCUGCCGCAGAGCGAGAAGUGGAUCACGGCGGGCUGGGACAGCCUGAAGGGCCUGCCGUGGGACGUGGCUCCGCGUGCGGCCAGUGCGCCGCGAGCCAUCGUCGGACCGGGAGAGGCCGGUCCGCCACCGAUUGUGGUGGUGCCGCCGCAGCCGCAGGCGCCGAGGAGGAUGUACGUUCUCAAGGCGGACGUCGAGCGGCUGGGCGCAACGCCGGGAUGCCCAGGGUGCGUCUCGAUCGCCAAGCACGGCAAGGUGCUGGCUGGCCAUGCGCACAACGCGGUGUGCAGCAAGAGAAUCUUCGAAGCGCUGGACGCUGAGGAGGCAGGCCGGGAGAGAGCGGCAGAGGCCGCCGAGGAUGUCGACAUGACCGCGACCAGGUCGCGGCUGAAGCGCUUGGCGGAGGUGGCCCCGGAUGACGUGCCGGAGGCCCUCGAGCGCGGUGAUCCACAGCCGGCAGACGUGCCGGUACCGGUGGACAUGGAGGAUCUCGCGGCGCAGCCGGCGCCAGCGGAGGGACCUCAGCUGCCAGCUGGAGUGGCAGUCGUGUGGAACGCCAGUGAGGGGAGACACAUGCGGGUGCUCGCUCUCGACGUGGCGUCGAUCGAGCUGGUCGAGCUCGGAGUGCUGACGAGAGCGAAGGCGGAGUUGCUUCCGCUCGUUCGCGAGCAGGUCAGCGGCCAUUGGGCCAGCGUCGGCGUGGACAUCGCCGACGAAGAGGUGGACAGCAUCGCCUUAUCGGCGUUGCAGCUGGGCGCCGUGGACGUGGCAGAGGUGUACUCGCCACAUCGGUUCUCGGCUCGGGCGGCGGAGUUUCAGCUGCGCCCGGGCUUCGCGGCGGACCUGGAGGAACUCAAGGAGGACGGGGCGCCGUGGGACUUGCGGCGACCCGAGGAUGUCAAGGAGCUCGAGGAGCAGCAGGAGCGGAUGGAUCCCAUCCUGCUCACAGGGUCCCCUCCAUGCGAGAAGUUCAGCUUGCUGAGGGGCCUGAGCGCCAAGUUCAGGACCGAUGAGCAGGAGGCGGCUGAGAUGGAGGAGGCCAGACACCACCUGAAGGUGGCAGUCGACGCCUACUGGCGUCAGCUCAGGAAGCCAGGCAGGUACUUCCUGCAUGAGCAUCCCUGGAGCGCGCGAUCGUGGAAUGAGGACAUCGUCAAGGAGCUGGUCGCGCAUCCAGGAGUCUUCACGGUCAAAGGCCCCAUGUGUCGGUGGGGCAUGAAGCUCACGAACCCACGCAGUGGCCAGGAGGAGUUCGUGCGCAAGGAGACCGGGUGGGUCACCAACCACCCAGGCUUAGCCCGGAGACUGCAGGGCACUUGCAGCAAUGUGGACGGACGCGCGGAGUGGCAUCGCCACAUCACGCUCGUGGGCGGCAUCGCGCGGUUUGCGAAGGUCUAUCCACCGAAGUUGGUGGAGGCGGUGCUGGAGGAGCUCAAGGACACGCUGAAUGACGUGGGGGAGCUCAGCACCGCCCAGGUGCAGCAGUCGGGCCCAGUCCCUGUGGACGCGGCGGUGCCGCCCGGGGACUGGACGAGCUACUGGGACGACGUCAAUGGCGGCUACCUGGAGGCGGGCCUUGUGGCCCAGGCUCGCGCGGUCGAGCGCGAGUGGGUCAAGAAGCAGGAGCUGAUCGAGAUCGUCCCGAGGUCUCAGGCUUUCGCUGAGACUGGGCGUCCGCCCAUCCCACUCAAGUGGGUCGACACGAACAAGGGUGACGCGGAGAGGCCCAACUACAGGGGCAGGCUCGUCGUGAAGGAGAUCAAGGCGAAGAAGCGUCCUGACGAGCAGCUGGAGGCGUCCGAGGUUUUCUCGGCAAUGCCUCCGCUGGAGGCCAUGCGGUCGCUGGUCUCGCUGAUGGUCACGUGGACGCGGGAAGCACCGCUCCACAUUCAGGAGUCGCUUCGCAGGAAGGGCAGGAAGCCGGGCAACUUCAAGAUCGGCUUCUUCGACAUCAGCAGGGCGCACUUCUACGGGAAGGCGCAGCGGAGGAUCUUCGUGGAGCUGGAGGAGGAGAGUCGCAAGGAGUACGGUGAGGACAAGUGUGGCUUACUCCUCAAGUCCUGGUACGGCACGCAGGACGCCAGCAAGAUCUGGCAGGGCGACUACACGGAGCUGUUGGAGGAACACGGCUACAAGGCGGGCGUGUCAUGCCCAGCGGUCUUCUACAAGGAGGUGGACGAGACGAGGCUGCUGGGGCACGGCGACGAUUUCGCGGUGCUGGCUCAGCAGCAGGACAUCGACAGCUUCGAAGCCACGUUAGGCAAGAAGUACGAGUUCAAGAAGACUGCGAACCUCGGCUUCGACGAGGGCGACGACAAGCAGGCGGUCUUCCUGAAUCGGGUCAUCGAGGUCAGUGCGGGAGUUCCGCCUGGCGGUGGCCGACCCUGCCGGCAUGCGAUGAUCGAGCCGGACAAGCGGCACGCAGAGAUCGUGAUCGACGAGCUGGGUCUCAGCAAGGCCAACGGCGUGGACACGCCGAUGGAGAAGCGCAGCGCCGACAAGCAGAUGAUGGACGCGAAGUCGGCGGCGCUGGGAACGGCGGAAGCUUCGCGCUUCCGAUCCCUCACCAUGAGGGUAGCCUACCUGUCUCAGGACAGGCUGGACUUGGCAGAGGCAUCGAAGACGCUCGCCAGGUCCAUGCAGACGCCGACGGAGGCGAGUUGGCUCAUGCUCAAGAGGGUUGGCCGCUACCUUAAGCGGCAUCCCAGUACGGUGACGGUCUUCACGGAGCAGAAGAUGUUCGACAAGAUCCGAGUGUACGUGGACUCCGAUCAUGCGGGCUGCGCAGUCACUCGGAAAAGUACCGGAGGCUUCGUGGCGAUGCUGGGGCAUCACGUCAUCAAGCACGGCAGUAAUCUUCAGUCGACGGUCUCUCUGAGCAGUGGGGAGAGCGAGUACUACGCCCUGGUGAAGGGCGGGAGCGUGGGCCUGGGUCUACACAGCCUCUUCGCAGAUUGGGGGCUGGACCUGAAGGUGGAGCUCGCCUCAGACUCAUCGGCGGCCCGGGGCCACGUCCAACGGCGAGGUCUCGGGAAGAUGCGACAUGUUCAAUCCCGAUACCUGUGGAUCCAGGAGCGCGUGGGCAAGGGCGACCUCUCGAUCGCCGCGGUUCCUGGUAAGAACAAUGUCGCGGACGUGCUGACCAAGAGCGUGGGUGGAUCUCUUUUGAGGAGACACAUGGCGACGCUCAACGUCUGGGAUCGGGCACCGAGUUCGACCCAGAAGGUCGAGUGCUCGGGCUGCAAGAAGCUGUUCUCGGAGAGCGACUUCGACUCGUGCUACUCGGUGUACAAGUGCCGGAAGGACCACAUCCACGUCAACUGCUGCUUCGAGUGCCACCGCGUGUUCGAGAAGAAGUGUGGCAAGAUCUCCGCGGCUGCCACCAAGCAGCAGCACAAGCUCAACAACGACGGGCACACGUCCGCCCUGCGCAGGCUCCCGCCCGGCGAGCGCGACAAGUUCAAGCAGCUUAACGAGGCGCUGCAGGCGGGGCUGAUGAUCUGUCCGGAGGAGGUGAAGGCCUCCGAGCGCUCGAUCCCGCACUGCGCCCACAUCCUGUCCCGCUGCGGGGGCAGCGCCGCGCCCGACGAAGUCAUCGAGCAGCAGGCACCUCCGCCACCUCCGCCGAGACAGGCGGCGCCACAGUCCACAGGGCCGAAGGAGCUGCUCGGGGACGACAUGCUCGUUGCCCUUCAGAAGGAUGACGAGGAUGCGGACGACCUCAACCUGGGCAAGAAGAAGAAGGGGGUGAAAAAUAAAAAGGAUAAGAGGGGAACGCCGAUCAGCCUCGACAUCGACUACAAUUUCGGGACGCGACCGGGCGAGACGGGCGAGGAGGAGUGGGUCGAGCCGCUGCCGGCUGUCGCAAAGCCCCUCCAAGCGUCCCCGGCGGCAGCGGUGCACGCCCAGGCGCAGCCGCACAAGAGCCCGCCCGCACAGGGGCAGCAGGUCAAGACCCUGGCCAACAUGCUGGCCUGCUCCGACGACGAGGCCAGCGAGCUGCUGCGGUCGAACAACUGGGACAUCGCCCGGGCCACCGACGCCCAUUUCAGGCAGCUCGGCGAGGACGAGACCACCGCGCAGGCGGCGUCGGCCGACGUGCCCAAGCGCUGGGGGCCAAAGACGACAGCCGCCGAGAUGGCCGCCAGUGCCAACCCGACGGAGCAGGUAAUGGCGCUUCGCUCGGCGUGGAGCGCGAUGCCAGGAGUGCUCAGGCUCCGCGGAGCGCCGACGGACCCCACGCUCUUGUCGGCUAUCUCGGUGAAGAUCCGCCGCGAUCGCCUUUGCAGGCUGGGCUCGGAGUUCAUGGCGGAGCUGGAGGCCGGCUCCAUCCCAGACAGUGCCGUGAGUCCGAAUCUCGAAUGCGAUGUCGACAAAUUCACAGGCGCAACGCUCAAGUGA